GAAACUCCGAGGCGGGGUCCGGCGGGCGGGGGAAAGAGGGCAGAAAAGCUGGCGCCGGAAUUGGAACUGGAAGAGUGGCUCCGGGUGCCGGCUGCCAGAGCGGUCCCCCUCUGCUCCCAACCAAAAGCGGCUCCAGAGAUGGGCCGGCGGCUGUGAGGUACAUCUUUUUUUCCUAAAGGAGUUGAUCAUGUCAGAAAGAAAGGAAGCUAUCUGUGUAGAUUGCUGUCUGUGGAACUUUAGAAGACAAUAAAAUAGCAUUCAGUUCUAUAGGGAGCUUCUUUGGAUCAAGCUAUGGUGAAAAAUGUUUCGGAAAGGCAAAAAACGACACAGUAGUAGCAGUUCCCAAAGUAGUGAGAUCAGUACUAAGAGCAAGUCUGUAGAUUCCAGCCUUGGGGGACUCUCCCGCUCCAGCACCGUUGCCAGCCUUGACACAGAGUCCACCAAAAGCUCAGGACAAAGCAACAAUAAUUCAGAUACCUGUGCAGAAUUUCGAAUAAAGUAUGUUGGUGCCAUUGAGAAACUGAAAGUCUCUGAGGGAAAAAGUCUUGAAGGGCCGCUAGACCUGAUAAAUUAUAUAGAUGUUGCCCAGCAAGAUGGAAAGUUGCCUUUUGUUCCUCUGGAGGAAGAAUUUAUUAUGGGCGUUUCCAAGUAUGGUAUAAAAGUAUCAACAUCAGAUCAGUAUGAUGUUCUGCAUAGGCAUGCGCUAUAUUUAAUCAUCCGGAUGGUGUGCUAUGAUGAUGGUCUGGGGGCAGGAAAAAGCUUACUGGCUCUGAAAACCACCGAUGCAAGCAAUGAAGAAUACAGCCUAUGGGUUUAUCAGUGCAACAGCCUGGAACAAGCACAAGCAAUUUGUAAAGUUUUAUCCACUGCUUUUGACUCUGUGUUAUCAUCCGAGAAGUCCUGAAUUCUGCCAUCAAGUGGAAGUUAACUUCAUUUGGAAGAAAGUUGAGAUGUUUUCUAAAUGAUUCUUUUUCAAUCUGCAGUGUUGAAGUAUUAUGAAAAUUUGAAGUGAUCCCUUUGUUCCAGAUUUUUUGAAGAAAAGGAAAUGUGUAAAAUAUUGAUCAUUUGUUUUUAUAUUAAAAUGUGAGUGUCUUAACUCCCAA